UUACUCUGGCUGUCAUCUGCUUCCCUUCCGUACAGUACAAUCCAAGUGAUAUUGCGCAUCAGUAGCGCGUUGAAAAUUUCGUGUACAGAUGUAUCGUUGAUUGAGGGUUUUAACUGCUAGACACAAAGUGAAUCCCCAUGAGGCCAAAACGAAAAAGCCGUCUCGCAACGGAAAAUAAAUUCGAACUGUUCGGGACUAAAGUAAAAUCGGAGACCGAGCAGAAGAAAUCGCCCGAAAACAAACAAGAGGAAGCGAAGAGGAGCAUCGACUUUCACGACGACAAUUGUCAUUACGAUCUAUCCCAAAAUGGGGGAGCUGCUGCAGCCGCGAAAAAGCAAGAGAGCCAUUCGGGUGAGGCCGCAGCGGGUCAGGCAACCGACAACAACAACAACAACGUCAACGACAAAGUCGACAACAGCGUCGACACCGCGGACGAGGAGAAAGACGAUCGCGUCGAUCAGAGCGAUUUGAUCGUCGUGCCGAGCUACACCAUAGGCUGGUUCGAUUACGCCUCGAUCCACCACAUCGAGCGCCGAGCCCUGCCCGAGUUCUUCAAUAACGUCAAUCCUCUCAGCAAGACGCCCGAGAUGUAUCUGUUCUACCGGAACUUCAUGAUCGACACGUAUCGAGUGCAGCCGAGCGACUAUCUCACCUUGACGGCCUGCAGGCGAAACUUGCCCGGCGACGUGUGCGCCCUGGCGCGGAUCCACGGCUUCCUCGAGCAGUGGGGCUUGAUCAAUUAUCGGCCGAGGAUGAGGAUGUACUUGAAGCCCCGGAAACCCAAGCAAUUCCCCUGCAAAGCGUUCUCGUCGGUCGAUAGCGCCGUAGCUGCCGACCAUCGGACGCCUACGAGCAAGUGCACGACACCCAAAUCGCUCGGGACACCUGCCAACGAGAGCGGAUCACCCCAAACGCCUCAAUCGGCUAAAAAGCCAAAAAUAAUGCAGGACUGUUACGUCAAGUUGUCCGACGUUCUCCAGAGUGGCGGCGGCAGCCGAAACUACGCCGAACAGUCGUUGCCCAAGCUCGAGAGACCGAGAAUCUACGAGCGCAGAAAAGCACUGUCCCUACUCUUCAAAGCAAUAACGAGCGAGGGUGAGGAGCAGUCGGAUGCAUCUACAAACACGCAAGUCGAAGGUACCACAACUAGACCCGAAUGGACGGAGCAAGAGAAUUCGUUGCUGCACGAGGCCUUGGAAAUCUACACAGGGGGUAGAAGCGACUGGAAAAAGGUGAGCAAUCACGUCGGCACGAGGAGCCUGGAGGAGUGCGUGCUGCACUUCCUGCACUUGCCCAGCGAGGAUCCGCGCCCCGAGGAGUCGUUAUACUUCUGGGACGCGGAGCCGCUGCUGCGGACUCCCGAGCCCAUCGCCUUCAUGGUCAAGAAGGAGCUCAGCCCCCUGAGCGACGCCGCGGUCUUGCUCGCGGCGAUGGUGCACCCGCGAGUGCUCGCCAGGGCGAUCGAGGCGGCGACCCGCGAGAGCUACCUCGGAAAAUUGGAUCCGAACGUCGUCCAGGCCAACAAGUGCAUGAGCGACAUACUGAUGUGCUCGCGCGACUGCAUCGACCAGAAGAUCAACUUCCGGCUGGAGUUCGACGAGCUCAAGGAACGCGAGUACGAAUCGCUACGAGCCCAGCGGUGGCAGCUCGAGCGCGACAGACAGAAAUUUCACUCGGAAUUUCGCCAGUAUCUGCGGGAUCACUUCGAGCCACAGCUGCAAGGCUCGCAAUUCAGUCGGCAGUUAUUGGCGGCUAUUGGCCCUCCUGGCGUUUUGAGCUGUUGUUUGGGACUCGUGCUCAACGAUCAAUGAUUAUUGAAAUCGGCGCUCAACGAGCCGUAGAUAUUUUUUUUGUUGUGCGUUUUUUUUAAGAGCCUCUGCAUAUGUAUAUUUUACUUAUAAUUGAUCCGUAUUUGAUUGAUGAAAUCAAUGAGAGAAUUGCAAGUUCUCGUGCUGCUUGACGAAAUCGUUUGUAUUCGAUUUAUUCAGUGCAAUUAUAUAAAUGUUCGAUCAAUUCAAAUGAGUUAAAAUUUCAGAUGUUUGAGUGUUCAGUUCUAUUUCUUUUGAAUUAUUUUUGAAUUAUUAUUUACUCUUACAUUGAAUCGUUUCGCUUUCAAAACGUAAAAAUGCAUGUAACCAUAUGUAAAUGAAAGCUUAUUUAAGAAAAAAAAGUUCAAAUUUUAUUUGUAAAUUAUUCAUGGGCAGUAAAAUUGAAAAUAUUACAAUUGAAAAUUUAUAU